CCUGCUGUGGCUAGCGGAUCACUGGGUAUAUCACUCCCGCAGCAGUUACAACACAUCGCACGUUGCUAGUUAGUUGCUAUGUUGUAGCUAUUAGCACGGUUGCCAUUCCUUUGCUGGGGAGGGAGACCCGCCGUUUAAAGUUAAACAAAAAAUAGGCUGUUCAUUUUCAACGGUUUAUACACCAAAUCAACUGCUAUACAACGGAUACCGCCGAGCAAACUUCGAGUGAGCUUUCCAUUCGUCGUUAGCUUAGCAACUAGCUAGCAGCUCGAGUGCUACCCGGCUCUUCGUCCUCGGAGUGCGAACCGUCACCUGGCCCGCUGGAGCACCAUGGCAAUGAGACAGACUCCACUUACCUGCUCUGGUCACACCCGGCCUGUGGUGGACUUGGCCUUUAGUGGAAUCACCCCCUAUGGAUACUUCCUCAUUAGCGCCUGCAAAGAUGGCAAGCCCAUGUUGCGCCAGGGAGACACAGGGGACUGGAUUGGAACGUUUCUGGGUCACAAAGGCGCUGUCUGGGGAGCCACUCUGAACACAGACGCCACCAAGGCAGCCACUGCCGCAGCCGACUUCUCUGCCAAAGUGUGGGAUGCAGUGAGUGGCGAUGAAGUCCUCACACUGGCACAUAAACACAUUGUCAAGACUGUCACCUUUACUCAGGACAGCAACUGCCUGUUGACUGGGGGCAACGACAAGCUCCUGCGUAUCUAUGAUCUCAGCAGCCCUGAUGCAGCGCCACAGGAGAUUGCAGGUCAUACCUCAGCCAUCAAGAAGGCCUUGUGGUCUAACGAUGACAGACAGAUCAUCUCGGCCGCAGAGGAUAAAACCAUACGGCUCUGGGACAGGAGCUCAAUGGAGGUGGUGAAGACGCUGGCCUUUGACGCGUCCGUGAGCAGCAUGGAGUAUGUGGCUGACGGCGAGAUCCUUGUGAUCACGUACGGCAAGACGAUCGCUUUCUACAACGCUCUCAGCCUGGACCUGAUCAAGGCUGUGGAGGCCCCAGCUCCCAUCAACUCGGCGUCCCUUCACCCAGAAAAGGACUUUUUUGUUGCUGGUGGCGAGGACUUCAAGCUCUAUAAGUUUGACUACAGCACCAAGGAAGAGCUGGAAUCCUACAAGGGUCACUUUGGUCCUGUGCAUUGUGUCCGCUUCAGCCCGGAUGGCGAGCUGUACGCCAGCGGAUCAGAGGACGGCACUCUUCGUCUGUGGCAGACGGCAGUGGGGAAAACCUAUGGCCUCUGGAAAUGUGUUCUUCCUGAGGACCUCGGGGCAGAGAACACAGAGCAGCUCUAUACAACACCUCCUGAGAUAAAAGUCUAAAGCAAAAAAAUGAUGAAAAAUGAUUUGGAAAAUGCACAGAAGAGGCUGCAAAAAACAGAAGGAACGGUGGUCCGGGUUGUGGUAUCAGGCCCCAGCAAGGAGCAGAGUCAAGAGCAUCUCCGUCUGUCAGGAACUAAUAUGGAAAUUAUGGCUGACUUGUUGGUCAUAGACAACACACACACACACACACACACGGUUUAUGCAGGCAUGUGGCGAAUGAGGGCUACAGAGUAAAGCAGUAGAGCUUAUUGGGUGUGUUUUGUUCAUGGCUGCCUGCUUUCUGUCUGAUCAGCCGAGUUGUGUAUGUCUGCUUAAAUGUUUGUACUUUUAGUUUUGGUUUCAUCGUAUUUCAUAAUGAGCUGGACAUUUUUGUUUUCAGCUCAUCGUCACAGUAUCGGAGCUACUUGCAAACUCUGAUGAACUUUGGUUUAUUUGCUUUGAGAGUUUGCUGUAGCUGCAGGCCUUCUGAAAAAAAGUUAAUUGUACGAGUAAAAUAAUGUUUUGUGACAAAAUGGAAAGGGAAAGAAAAAUGUCACUUUUUUUCCUUUUUGGUUUGAUAAUUAUUAUCAUCCAGUGGUUAAAUAAACAAAUGUGUUACUGUUACUUAUUUCAAGGUAAUGCACAAAAUGGCAGUGUGGAUUUAUUUCAUUUUGUGAAUACAAUAGCAAUGUGGGGGGGAAAAAUAGCACUUUUAUCCCCUCUAAGAAGCAAAGACAGUAUUUUACUUGUUUUACACUCAACUACAGGAGUCACAAGAUUAAAACGUGACGAGAUUUCGCCAUAAAUCACACAAAUGAAAUAUGAUCAUUUUGCCGGCCUCGAUAUAUUGCCACAUUCAUGUGUGUGUUUUUCCUCUUCUCUUGCCUCAGAAAGAAGGUUCACUCUGCUUGUUUUCAGCGUUUGCUCCAUGAAACAAAUUAAGUUUGAACAAGCGUACACAUAGUAUAAGACCGUUUGGUGAGGGCAGUGCAAGGUAAUAUACAGGUAAGCCCAUCAACACGGACGAGCCAGUGUGCUGAAUUUGUCAGAAAGUGGUGGCAACAAAAACGCAAUGCAAACUUCCCCACCGAAAACAUAACCCAUUUUUCCCAUCGAGGAAUAAAACACACGUAGAUGCAGAGCCUUUGUCCCAACAGUAAACACUCACUGAGAUGCUUGGUCUACAAAGUAAAUACUAACGGUGCAAAAUAGUGUGAACUCAGAGAAAGUGUCCUCUCAAAAGAAAUGCUCUUUAAUACGCUUGAAAAGCCAGCAUUCCUUUGACAGACAGCGCAAAUCAGCGGUGAGAAAAUGCAUGUCACAAAUGCCAAUUCCACAACUUUUCAACAGUGAAAGAUGACAUUAAAGGAAAUACUGCAUUAUUGUGAGCUAUAGUAUGUAUACAGUACAGGCCAAAGGUUUGGACACAUACAACUGAUGGUGCCAUCCCCAUUAAUAAGGCAAGAAAUUCCACUAAGUAACCCUGACAAGGCACACCUGGGAAGUGUAAACCAUUUCAGGUGACUACCUCAUGACGAUCAUUGAGAGACACCAAGUUUGCAGCGCUAUCCAAAAAAAUGUAUAAAAACAUAAAAUAUGAGACACAGCGUUAUGUCACACUUUUUUUGUUAAGUACAUAAUUCCACAUGUGUUCAUUCAGAGUUUUGAGAAUCUAGAAUGUAAAUAUUCAUGAACAUAAAACACAUUCAAGGAGACGGCGUGUCCAAAUUUUUGUCCUGUACUGAAUAUAAAUUAUAACAAACGGGACAAACGUUUCAAAAUGCACUUGCAUUGUUUUGUGGCUGAGUUCAAUUAAAAAGCCUGUGUAUUUUUACAUUAUACAGUACUUAUUAAAAAAAAUAAUGUUAAAAUCUCGUCUGGUCUCAUUCUCGUUCACCCUAUCUCGUGUGUCGUGAGCCGGGCGUCCCGUUACACCCCUUCUCACAACUUGGCUUUUAAAUGUGAAGCUCAACCAAGACAGCCUUACUACCAAAUUGAACAAAAUGACCAAAUCUUACUACCAAGA